CUGCCCCACCCCAUGUAUCAAAGUGCCCCACUGGAAAAAGCAGCUAAGGGUCUAUAUCUAAAAGAGCGUAGCGUACCACCGGAAGUGCUGGGAAGGCUUUACGCUGAGUAUUGUGACGUCAUCAACCGGAUGUACGACUCGUAUUUGAACAGUGUACAGUUACAGAGAGCACCCUUUAUAUUGGAGAUUGUCAGUAUAGUAAUGAAAAGAUUAUAUGAAUUAAAGAACGAAUUAGUACAUAUAAUUGUGAAUGAUUACAUUUACGUGGACGACGCUCUUAUUACCGCCAAAAAAACUCCUUUUGAUAUUCAGAUUGUGGUUCCAUAUCACUUUCCAUUAGAAAGUCGAGAAGACAGUAUUGAACAGUUGCUACAAAGAAUGUGGGCUGAUGCAGAAUGGAGAAAAUUACAUCCAGAAACUUCAGAUAUAAAUGAAGAAGAUGAUGUUGUUGAAGACGCAGUUCCAGUUAUAUCAGAGGUCAAAGAAUUAAUCCAAAAGGAAAGUUCGAUAAUACUUUCUGAGGAUUUUAUACAAGCUGUCAUAAUACUGAAACAUGAGCGAUUCAGACAAUUCUUCAUGGAAGACUUCAGAGCUAAAUGCAGUAGACGAAGACUUUAUUUUAGUGAAAAUAUCGAAGAAGCUCGAUUGGAAAUAAAAAUUAAGGCUGCUUUAUUAAUUCAGAAAGUUUACAGGAUGUACAUGGAAAUCAAACGCAAAAGAGUUUCCGAUAUUAAAAGAGACAUACUACUGGGUUUGAUACCAGAUCCUUUCAAAAAGAAAUUGAGCUUAGAGGAGGAGAAUAAUAAAAUGUACGAAAGAAAACAUAAAAUAAGACAGAAGUGUCAUGAGAUUUAUCUAGAAGAACUGAAAAAAGAGAAAAUGAGAUUAAUAGUUUAUAAGAAGGAGGAUCAGAUUGAUGAUAUUACAGAUCAUGUGAGAUCUUGGUUUUUGGAAUGGUACUAUGGUUACGGUUUCUUUCCUGACUAUCCAUACGAAUCUGAAGGCGGAACUAUGAUGGUGGUUAAAGGGAAUUACCCGACCAUCGCUGAGAAAUUGAAGGAAGACGAGGAAUACGCUAACGCUAUGAAAGGAAAGACCAAAGAACAGUUGAAAGCUGAGAUGAAGCAAGCGAAAGCUGAUGCGUUACUCAAAGAGGCGGCUGCAAAGGAAGCGAAGAAAAGGGAAGAAGAACAGCUGUUUAAGUUGAGACUGAACCCAUUAUCUGACCCUGGUUAUAAGCCAAAGCCUUCCGAAGUCACUGGACAACUGGGAGAGGCUCUCCAAAAAUACAGAGCGGCUUGGUCAAUAUAUGACAAAUUUUCGCCCGAGGAAUGUCCGAGAACUAUUUAUGGAUUCAUGCAAAAUAUUUUGACGGAAGAACUUAUGUGUCAGUUGCACGAAGAAUGUAGAAAAUAUGUUGAUGAGCUAAUGAGAUUGGAUUUAAAGCUGCUUAUAAAAGUGCAACAGGAAAUGUUCAAGAGCGUCGGCUGGCACUAUCCGAAAAUGAAACCAAGGAAGAAACCAAAAUCUACACCUGUUCCGAAGUCAUUGAAAUUAAAUGAUGAUUUAUUAGAUAGUUUGAAGACCAUAUUCGACUUGGGCAUAAUAACCAAGCCUACAGCCAAAGUCAAAGAUAUUAUUGGUGACUUCAAGUAUGCGGCGUAUGAAAUGAACAUCAAAGAUCCGGAUGCAACAUUUCCGUCGCCCGGAUUUGCUGAUGUUAAACGUCGUUUGAUUCUGUCAUGUGUUUUUGGCUCGGGAAUCGAACCCGGGGCAGUUCGUAAUAAAUCAGUCAUGCUACUUGGGCCGGAGAGAAAUGGAAAAUCUUUUAUGGUUGACACUAUCUGUGGUGAACUUAAUGCAGUUAAAAUUGAUAUAACACCAGAAGUAUUCAGCGCUGUUGUCGACAAACCAGCGAAGGUUUUAGCUGAAGUAGUUUUGGCUGCGAAAAUAUUUCAACCGAGUGUUAUAUAUAUGAAGAAUAUAGAGAGGGUUUUCUAUAAGAAAGUGCCGCCAGAAGAAAGAGCAUUGCAAGCGAAGGUCUUAAAGGCGCCGAUGACUAAAAUGAUGAAACAAAUAUUGCCAGAGGACAAAAUAAUAUUUGUGGCGACCUGCUCAAAUCCAUUCGUCGCUCAGACAAAACCAAUGAUGUUUUUGUUUAACGAAACUAUUUUAAUACCGAGAACAGAUUAUAACUCUCUACGGACGUUCUUCUAUGAGAGAUUUCAAAAGAUCCGCAGCAUGCCUCGAGACUAUUGCGUCCAGGCUCUCGCUCAAGUUCUUCAAGGUUACGGGUUUGGUGUCAUACUACAGUUGUUCGAUAAGGUUAUGACUGCUGAGAGAAUUGUUAGGUUAAACAUAACUCCAUUAGCGCCAGCUGAGUUUCUCCCUCCACUGUUUGAUAUGAUGGUUGAAGCUGUAACGUUAGAGGAAUACCAAGAAUAUGUGCAGUUCUUCAUUGAAAAUUCACCCCUAAGUAAAGAGAGAGAAGAUUUUGAAUUCAUCAACAGAUACAGGGCAGUCGCUUAUACGAAAUUGGAAAAAGAAAAGAAGAAAUAA